CCGCAUUUGAUUGUGUAGUACUAAUAAACUUCCCGUUCUCAACUUAACCAUCGCCAGCGUUCGUUCCUUCGUCCGUCCGUCCGUCAUUCGUCGGUCGCUGCGGCGCCGAGCCAUCCAUCCAAAACCAAAACCCAGCCCACGAUCCCACCCCGCUACCCCGCCAUUGAUCCCACCUACAAGUUCCGCUCCACCUCGCCUACGCACGCAUUCUCAAUCCAUCGGAGACUCCCAACUACUGCUCAUUCGCAAUCCCCCUUUCAUUAAUUGUUCACCUAGUCAACAUGUAUCCAACCCAACAAUUUUCGCAAACCCUUGAUUAAACGCUGUUCCUGCUUCUUCUUCUGCCCCUUCCUCCUCUCCUCUCCAAGCUUUUUAUUUUUUUCUCCACGUCUGCGCUUCUCUUGAUCUCUGCCCUUGAUUUCUUCUUCGGGAGGUCUUGUUUGUAUUUUUAUUUUUAUUGGGAGUUUGGUGGUGGUGGCGGCUGCUCCAAUUGGGUUCUGAGGGGCGCUGCUGAUGCGAUGAUGAUGAAUCAAGGAGAAAGCACCGCCGAUGCUGUUGCAUCUCUUGAGGGGUGUCAAAUCAGUGAAGCACAAAAAGCUAAUGCAGUUCCAUAUUCCCCUUCUACCUGUUCCAUUGAACCAAGGAAUGCUCAAGGGGAGAACCAGAGCUCAAGGGACAAUACUUUUCUUCCAGGUUCUAGUCACAAUCUUGAUCAACCAACGGAUCCUACCUUGAAAAAUGUUCAAGAUGGAGUAAAUUCGUCAGCUGUUACCUCCUCAUCAAGUUCAGUAUCUGCAAAUUUGGCACAAGGUUAUAAUGGUUAUCCUGCAUAUCCAAACCCUGAUCCUUAUGGAUAUAGCAACGUAGAUUAUGGUGCUUACUAUAAUCAAUAUCAGCAAGCCGGCCAUUAUCAACAGCAACCGAAUCAUUAUCAACAUCAACCCAAUCAGUAUCCACAGCAGGCCAAUCAGUAUCAACAGCAGGCCAAUCAAUAUCAACAGCAGUCCAAUCAGUAUCAACAGCAGUCCAAUCAGUAUCAACCAACACCAAAGCAGUCUUACUCUCAUGUAGGAACUUACCAAAACACAGGUGCUGCUUAUCAGCCUCUUUCCUCAUUUCAAAAUACAGGGUCUUAUGCUGGGCCUGCAAGUUACUCAGGCACUUAUUACAAUCCUGGUAAUUAUCAGACAUCUGGAAGUUACACAAAUGGCACAUAUGGUCCCCAGUGGCAUGGAGGGCAGUAUGCAACAUACGGCUCUCAUCAGUAUCAAAACUAUGCUCCAGACUCGAGCUCAGCAUAUAGUUCAACCCCCUCCGCUGCAACAUCUCAAUAUGCUCAUCAUUAUAAGCAAUGGGAGGAUUAUUACAACCAAGUCCAAACUGAAGUCAGCUGUGCUCCUGGGACUGAGAAUCUCCCUGUUUCUUCCGCCUCUAGUCUGAGUAAUCCCGCUCCUCCUGGAAGUAGUGGAUAUGUGGCUUCAAACAACCAAAUGUCUCAACCAUAUGCUCCCCCACCGUGGAGAGCAGAAUCUAGUUCAUCUGAAUUGCCUCCUCCACAGCCUGUUUCAGUCAGUGGUAAUACUCCAGAAGUUUACUGGAAAAGUCAUUCUACUACUUUCCCAAACAACCUGUCUAACUCUGUGCAAUCACCUGCUCAAAAGCCACCAGAAGCCCUUCCAGCAUAUAAUAGCUUUCAAAGUCAACAGAACCCUACCUUUUCACAAGGUUCUGCUGCUAUGUAUCCAGCUUCUUACCCAAUUUCUCAAAGCCACCAAUCAUCAUUCCAAUCUACACCACAGACUUCAGAAUCAUUGGAUUCACGUAGGGCAAGCAAACUGCAAAUUCCUACCAAUCCAAGAAUUGCUUCAAACAUACCCUUUAGUGUUUCAAAAGACAAGGAUAGCUCUAUGACCUGUACUGCUGCAAAGCCAGCCUAUAUUGGUGUUCCAAUGCAGAAAUCAAAUGAAAAGGGUAUGCCACACGAAGGAACUGAUUCCAUGUUCAAGCCUGGUGUGUUUCCAAAGUCGUUGCGUGGCUAUGUUGAGAGGGCUCUGGCUCGUUGCAAGAAUGAUAGGCAAAAGGCAGCUUGCCAAGUUGUGCUGAAGGAGUUAAUAACAAAGGCAAGAGAGGAUGGCACACUCCAUACAAGAGAUUGGGACACUGAGCCUCUUUUCCCAAUGCCAAAUAUCAAUGAAGAUAACAACCAGGAUACAGCAUUUUCACUGCCGUCUACAUAUGUAAAGAAUAAAAGUCCUAGUCGGCGAACCAAGAGUAGGUGGGAGCCUAUUCCUGAGGAAAAACCAGUUGACAUGUCUGUCAGUUUUUCUGACAGAACUGUAAAAUAUGGAGGUUGGAAUAACAAACAGUUUUCAGGUGGGAAAAUACAGAACAAGGACAACAUAGGCACUAAAUCAUUUGAUCAUAGAAGUUCCAGCAAACAUGUUGCAAGGCCAGCCAAGAGGCUUCGUCUUGUUGAUGGUAGCAAUGCUGCUGAUAAUGGAGAAGCUUCUAGUGACAGUGAUGUAGAACAAACCUUGACCAAGUAUUCUGCUGCUGCUGUUGCACUAGCAGAUUCACCAGAGGAGAAAAAGAGACGUGAAAAUCGUUCAAAACGUUUUGAUAGAGGACAUGGAAAUAGGGCUGAUAAAAAUAAUGCAAGAGCAAAAGAUGCAAGGGAUAGUUAUAUGCACGCAAGACGGGCUGGUGCAUCGGUGCAUAGAAACUUUGAGGAAAGUGGGAGCAGGGCUGUAGAAGAUCUUGAUUGGGAUUCCCUUAGAGUUAAGGGAACCUGUCAGGAAAUCGAGAAAGGCUACUUGCGUCUGACUUCUGCUCCGGAUCCUGCUACGGUGAGGCCUGAAGAAGUGUUGGAAAAAGCUUUACUGAUGGUUCAAAAUUCUCAAAAGGAUUAUCAUUACAAAUGUGAUCAGUUAAAAUCUAUGCGGCAAGAUCUUACAGUGCAACACAUACGCAACGAGCUUACAGUUAAGGUUUAUGAAACCCAUGCUAGAUUUGCUAUAGAAUCUGCGGAUGUGCGAGAGUACAACCAGUGCAUAUCACAAAUCAAAAGACUCUAUGCAGAAGAAAUUCCAGGAUGCCAUAUGGAAUUUGCCGCAUAUCAUUUACUAUGUGUAAUCUUGCACUCAAAUAAUAAUAGGGAACUUCUGUCAGCUAUGUCCAGAUUAUCAGCGGAUGCCAAAAAGGAUGAAGCAGUAAAACAUGCUCUCGCUGUUCGAAGUGCUGUGACAUCCGGAAAUUAUGUGAUGUUUUUCAGACUUUACAAGUCUGCUCCUAAUCUUAAUGCCUUCCUCAUGGAUGUGUCUGUUGAAAAAAUGCGAUAUGCUGCGGUGAAAUGCAUGUCGCGCUCAUACCGGCCUACACUUCCAGUGUCAUAUAUAUCCCGAAUUCUAGGCUUCAAUCAUGCAUCAUUGCCUACUAGUGAGGAGAAAGAAGUGGAUGGGUUGGAAGAAUGCGUGGAAUGGCUUAAGGCUCACGGCGCAAUCCUUAUUGUUGAUAGCUCUGGGGAGACCUUGCUCGAUGCAAAGGCUUCCAUGUCGACCCUCUAUAUGCCGGAUCCUGAAGAUGCUGUAUCACAUGGAGAUGCAAGUCUUGGUGUUGAUAAUUUUUUGGCUCGGAAUUCUUCGCAGACCAACUAACUAGCCGACAAUCUUUCAACGCCCUUUUCCGGAAAGUUGCAUUGAAUCUUAGCCAUAGACAGCUUCAAGUAUCACUUGGAAUGAAUUAACCGUGGAAUCGAGAGAUGAAUGAAUCCAAAGGGAUUCGAGCAGGCAAGAAAAUUCCGGAAGCACGGCAAGACUAGACUGUGGAUUGACUGACUGUAUGCUGCUGGGAGUUUGUAGGAAUACUUAUGGCAACACAGCUUGUUUUUGUCGACAAAGAUCGACGGAGAAAUCAUUAUUCUUUUCUUAUAUUUAAGAUACCUCUCUCUCUUUCUCUCUCUCUCUCUAGAUAUAUAUAUAUAUAUAUCUAUAUAAUAUCAGUGAAAUAAAUGUUUGUACUUUGAACUGUAUAUGUUGUCUGUAUAAGAAAGAUUAAGGUGUAGUUUCUGUGGACGUCUCUUUUUUGUUAUUAUCUAAAUUUGUACUACUACUGUGUUUGUUUCCU